UUUGUCAUUUUAAAUGGUGGCUUUUGUGACAUGUUUUGUCUUAAGAUGUUGUGCUUGAGCGAGUGUACCUCAACCGAUAUACCAUACGUGUUUUUUGUUAAAAAGUUCGUCGUUUAAAUCAUCCGCUCGUCUUCUACUUAAAAAAAGAUGUUUUGUUCUUAUCUAGGCAUUGUUGUCUAUUUUAAGUUGCAUUUGGAUGUAUUCCAAAGCUUGUCCAAAUGAGAGGAAAAGGGUAUUUUGUUGUAGUUAUAUAUGGACAGUGUUGUAGUUCUAAUGAUGUAUUCCAAAGCUUUUUAAUUAUUAUGGAAACUUUGUAUAAACUAUCUAUAAGGAAAUAAUUGCACAAAAGACCCAUUUUAAAGGUCCAAAAUGGCAAAUUACCCAAUUUUUGAAAAAAAAUGUCAAAUCUUUUAUGUCCCUUCGUUGGUUUCAUGACCACAUGAAGUUACAGUAUUGCCCUUCCUUUAUUGCUUUAGGAUUUUUUCUUUUUCCUCUUCUUCUCCAGCGUUGUUUCUCCUUCACUGAGUGCCCUUCUUCUUCCGCACGGCGUCCACGCGAGAGGAGUGAGAGAUGGGCAAAGAUGGGCAGCACCGAGGAGAGAGGAGUGAGAGAUGAGAGACGGGCAAGAGUGAUAUCGAGAAACUGAGAGCAACAGGGCAAGACAAGCGAGAUGAGUGAGAGCAAUAAUUGUUGAGAGGAGCGAGAGCGAUGCUAGCAAGACGAGUGAGAGACAAUGAUCUAUGAGUGAAAAAAGAAGAGAGAGUGAGACGAGCGAGAGCGAAACCUGCUUUUCUGCAGGUGCAUAAGUAUACUUUAGUAAUUUUACCCGAAUUCGACCAUUAGCAAAGGGUGUUGGCAUUUUUUCAAAAACUGUGCCAUUUAACGUUUUUUGCCUAAUUUUUGGAUCAUCUAUCCUGCAGACUCAUCUACAAGACCAUUGUCAGUGAAUCAUCACAUAAUUGGAUGUUGAGUUCUCUAGGUUAUCUAUAUCCAAGAGUCGUUAUACUUAACUUACGUGCAUCUUGACUAAUAUGAAGAAUCCAUGACCAUUCAACUCUUUGGAGUUGAACUUAUGACUUUAAAUGUAUAUUAGAUUUGUGGUCGAAACUAUAUGAAUGUUCUCCUCAUUUCGCCCCAAAACAUGAAGUAUAUAUCUGAGAAGGGAUGGAACUCUAUCAUACCUCUCCAUUUGAGAAGCGAAUCAGGUUCUCACUUUUGCAUCUUUUCAAGAGCAAAGGGAUCAAGAUAUGGUCCGGGCAACACUCCAGUAUAUCUCAAUGUGUAUGACUUGACAACAGUAAAUGGCUGCGUUUACUGGGCAGGUGUUGGCAUAUUUCAUUCUGGGAUUCAAGUUCAUGGUGUGGAAUAUGCCUUCGGAGCCCAUGACUAUCCAACAAGUGGUAUCUUCGAGGUUGAACCUCGACGUUGCCCCGGGUUUAAGUUUAGAAAGUCGAUUUUCAUGGGUACAACUUGCUUGGAUCCCAUUCAAUUUCAAGAGUUCAUGGAGCGCAAUUCUGCAGAUUACAAUGGUGACACGUAUCACCUGAUUGUAAAAAAUUGUAACCAUUUUUGUGAGGAUAUUUGCUAUAAGUUAACCGGGAAACACAUACCAAAAUGGGUGAAUCGGCUUGCAAGAAUAGGAUAUUUAUGUAAUUGCAUGCUCCCCAAGGCCCUCAAGACUUCGACUGUUCCAAACGACACAAAUUUCCAAGGAUGCGAGAGUGAGAAGAAGCAAUUACGAAGCAGUUUUGGUUGCUUCACGUCAAUAUCAAUGCAUCAACGAGAAGUUUCAAUUUCUUCGUUGUUUCUUCACUCGCAUUAUAAAGGUUGCCUGCCACCAUGGGAGCUGAAAGGGUCAAAAAGUCGGUCGAUGAAGGAAAGGUGACAAAAACUCAUCUUUGUUUCUUUGCUGCCAUUUUUUAAUCCAGGUGAGAGAAUUCACUUCUGGCAGAAAAGAAGAUUUGCAGUUUCAACGUUUGAUUCUGUUGAUUUAUAUGUUAAGUUUAGAGGUAUUCAUUGUGCAUGCGAUAGCACCAUAGCAGUUCAUAGGAAUUCAAGCAGAUUGCAUAAUUAUUUUUUUCUUGUAUAUUUAGCUUUUUAUGGUUUUGUUAUAUAGUUUUUGGGGGGAAGGUAUGAAUUAAUUUAGUUUAUAUGCUUCCUUUGUUUUACGUUA